CUCCCCGCUCCGCAAGGGCUGGGAGCUCCCCUUAGCCUGUUUGCCCUUAUUUAAUUUCGAGUGUGAUUUUGCUAUUUUUAGCAGCUGGAUCCCCUCCAGUAAGGCUGGGAGCUCGCUCCUUUUUUAUUUCCCCCCCCCCCUCCCCCCUCCUCCCCCCCUCCCUUUCCUAUUUUUUUUUUUUUUCCUCGUUCCCUGCAAAUGAUUUUGACCCAGCUUCCUUCCUCCUGGAGCAUUUUUUUUUUUUCUCUCUCUUUAUUAUUUAUAUAAAUAAGAGGGGGGCCUGGCUGAGCUGUGGAUGCGUGUGUGAGUCGCAGCCUCUCUCUCUGCCUUCUCCUUUCAGAUCCGCAUUUGCGAGCAGCAGCAGCCGCCGGGAGGGGGGGGGUUUAAUUCGCUUCACAACACAGACACGCCAGGAAAAAAAAAAAAAAAAAAAAAAGAAAAAAAAAAAAGGAGAAAAAAAAAACAAAAACAAAAACAAAACCAAACCAACCUAAAAAACCAAACCACUCAAAAAAAAACCCACCCCAAGCACCCAGCUCCGAGAUCAAGCUGACUCGCUGCUGGAAGGACGAUGAGUGAAUCCGGCGCCAAAUCCAGCCAGCCCCUGGCCUCCAAGGGGGAGAAGGACGUGUCGGAGAAGAGGGGCCGGGGGCGGCCCAGGAAGAAGCCCCAGCAGGAGCCCAGUGAGGCCCCGACCCCCAAGAGACCCCGCGGACGGCCGAAGGGCAGUAAAAACAAGGCCACUCCGAAAGGCAGGAAAGCUGCAGUCACACCAGGGAGAAAACCUCGAGGCCGACCCAAAAAAUCGCAGGACGAGGAGGAGGUGAACAUUUCCCAGGAGUCAUCCGAGGAAGAGCAGUGAAACCUCCCGAACCGGCGCUACCUCAUCACCCGACGGUCCCGCGUCCUCGGCGGCCGGGGGAGAGGGACAGGGAGAAACCCACUGCGCCGCCCUGGCUUUCUCCUCCUCCCUCCUCCCCUCCUUCCUCACCCUCAGACAACGGCAGCACUGGAAAAUGGCCCAACCCGGGCGGCCCCAGCAGUGCCCCCGCUCACGGGGUGGGGUGUGGGGGGCACCCACCCCAGCUCCCCCCUUUCCUCAGCGUUGGGUUUUGGGGCAGCCCCGCUGGCCAAGGGGGUGCCUGGCAGAGAGCCGGGGCUGCCCCCCACCCAAUGCAGUGAUCUCACCCACCCAAACCGGGUGCUGGUUGCCCCCCCACCCCCCCCCCAAAGCACCAGGUUUUGCCCUGGGGCCUCUGCAGGGAAGAGACAGGGGGUCAGCAAAGUUGAGACACCCUCCCCCCCCUGCCAAAAAAAAAUGCAUUACACCUUUGCUCUGGCCUGCUGCUACCCCAGGCAAACCCCCCCGCGUCCCCCCCAGUCCUGGGCAACUGCACUGUGUGUGGGAGAGCAGCUCCCGUGGUGAUGCCGGGGCUCGGUGCCCGUCCCGGGGGUGCCCGAGUGGGGCCGGCUCAGGGUUGCCCUUUCCUCAUAGGUUCCGGUAUAUAUAUAUAUAUAUUAAUUUUUUUUUUUAGUACUUUUUUUUUUUGUUUUUUUCCUUUCAUUCACAACUACCUCUGGAUAUUUAAGUUCCACUCUCUGAACUCACAGACAUGCUGCUGCUGUGCCGGCUGCCGGGGCACCAUUGGCUCCGUGUUUCCUUUUUUGGGGUGUCGCUGGGGGCCGUGGGGUAUUCUUUUUCCCUCCCCUUUUUUUGGGCUUUUUUUUUCUUUUUUUUUUUAAAAAAUGUUAUUUUAAGGUCUAGGCUGCUCUGCUGCUCCAAGGGAUAGAGGCUGGCAGGAUGGUGGGGUGGGGGGGAUCGUGGGUUGCUCCCCCUACCACACCACCCCCCCUGCAGCGGGACCGGAGGUCAGUGCUGGGCGGCCCCAGCGGGAGAAAAUUAGGGUUUGGUUUUGGUUUGUUUUGGGGUUUGGUUGGUUUUUUUUUUUUUUUUUUUGGUCCACUGUUAACGACCUUUUGGUUUCCUAUUUGCAGUUACUUGAAUAAAACAUUUUAUGGAUGUUUGAA